AUGUCAGCUGCAAUUCGGCUUCGCCAGGGUAGAGACGGAGUGGUCAAGUCUACGUUUGGGGAAUCGAUACGCUACUUGGCAAAGUCCUAUUACCCGUACAUUUAUUCCGAUAGUCGAAACAUCUCCAAACCUGUGGUGGAUUUACAGGCAGCUUUUGAAAUAUGUUCAGAGUCUUUGGAAGAGUACGAUAAGAUAACCGGUGAAAUGGCCAGCCUAAACUAUUCGAUCUACGGCAUCGAACAGGCAUUGUUGCGAGCAUUGAAUGAACUAUCGAUUAUUCGUGAAGAGGUUGCGGAUUUGAUGAAUGCUCUACGUACUAGUGAAAAGUUCAAUCUAAGACUGCUGGAUCAACUUUCCGCGUUAGAGGAGAAUAUCCAGAGUGGAGUGGAGUCUGGACGAUCUGUGCUCUCAUCCACCAAACUUCCAAUGCAGUCUAUGACGAUGGCACCAGAGCAUUAUAUGAUUCCGAGGACCACACGUGAAACGCUGGAAGCCAUUAUUGAACAGGGUAAACCGGAAAUGUUCACUGCCACUGGUGCAGAUAAUUUAUUGAGAGACAGGCUAGGACCUGAUGUGGCGCGGUUGACCUGGCUGGUGCAAGUUCAACGUGAACUGGCACACCGACAUGCCGAAUUCAGUUUCCUUGUGAUAAGUUUGUGGUCAGAACAAGUACGGGACAAUUUUCACCUGUCCGGUCGUAAAAGUAGUUGUUUUGGGGGGCCAAAGACGCUCCAAAAUCGUCGAAAGUCAGCAGGAGAGGAAGAUAACAUCUUGAGAAUGGCCAGCGCAGCUCGAAUUGAAGAGUUACCCACGGUAGUACAAACUAUUCAGGGCCGUGUUUUUGAGCUUGGCGGUUUGAUUGUCGACGAGUUGAACCGACUGAGAACCGCCUAUGAGGAGACCAAGAUGCAACACCGUACACUCAACACAGAAUUGGCUGAAAGAAGACGUCAGCUUAUUGACAGUUUGUUGGCAACGCACAGCGCAGUGCAGACACUACUUGAGUUAGAUGAACGCAAUGAUGCCUUGGUUGGCAAACUUGUAAAGACCAGGCCACUAUUUGCCGACCUAUAUAGAAUUGUUCAAAGUGAAACUGGCUCGGAUGAGUACAGGAGCACUGCUCCAUUGCAAAGUCUAGCCGAAAUAUUGGGACCACAGAACUGGCGGGCGUUUGUGGACCAGUUGGGAAGACUUCGACUGAAUCCGGGUGAAUCUGUAACGGAGGCUGACUAA